AUGGAUGAAACUGGAAGUCAGCAAGAUGGUGGUCGGCGGCUUUCCAGAUCCCUCCCUCACGCCCAUCCUCCCCGGGGCUGCUCCAAACAAAGUUCUUGCGGCAGCCGGGCCGUCUCUUCGGAGAACGAAGUUUGCCCGGGUCCUGCCCACUCGCGCUCCAGCACGGCGCCACCACUGAAACUUGCGAGGGAGACGCGUCUCCCCGGGGACCGAAACUUGCGCGGCGGAGGGGAGGAGGGCGGCCGGCAGGUUCCGCCUCCCGGGGGUCCGCCCGCAGCGCCGGGCCCUCCCGGCCCCCGGCCCGCGCCCCCCCCGCCCGCCAAUCACCCCGCGGACCCCCGGCGCGCGCGGCGGCGGCGCGGGCUCCCGGCGGGCCGGCUCCGUCCAGGCCGCGCCGCCGCCGCCGCGUGCCCUCCGCCCGGGGCCGGGAAUGGCGGCGUCCGGCUGCCCGGGGCCAACUCCGUCCCGACCCCCUCGCCCCAGACCCCGCCAGCCCCGCUAGCAGCGGCCGAGGAGGAAGGGAAGUUACCUCAGGGCGGUCCGGGCGGCGGCCAGUCGCGGGAGGCCGAGCGGGUCCGGGGCGGCGGCGGCGGCGGCGGCGGCGGCUACCGCAGUGCCCUCCGCCCCAUUGUUUCCCUUCCAGGAGGCUCCCGGCACAGCCGAGCCCGGGAACCAGGAAGUUCCCCGGCGCGACACCUCCUGCCGCCGCCGCUAUGGAAACGGCCCCCGCCUUCCCCAGGGCGGCUCGCCCGGGACCCCGCCUCCGCGCCGCCGGCCCCGCCCGCCUGCCUCACCGGCCACCAACAGUCGCCGCUGCGGCCGCGGCCGCCGCCAUCUUGGCGCGGGCGGGCGGCCCCUGCCUUCCCGGCGGCACGUGCGCUGCCCCCGCGCUCCCGUCGGGCGCGCUCCCGCCGGGCUUCGGGCGGAGGCCGAGCCCCCCCGAGCCCCUCUGCGGGCAGCGGGGGCCCGCGGAGCCCCCAGCGCCCGGGGACUGCUCCAGAUGGACCAGUGCGGCGGCUGACCCCUAGGGGCGGGCGGCGGAGCAGGGGGCACGAAUUGCAUCUGCGGCCCAACUGCUCCCCGGCCUUCAGACCUUGCCCACAGCACAUGGGUUUUUUUUCCUCUUCCACUCGGUAUCUCCAUCCGUGAAGCGAAGGAACUAGAAUUACUAAAGCUGGCAACUGCUCUGUUCCUACUCUCUCCCAAGCUCGUGAAAUCUGACUCAUGAUGCAUGCUGUGUGCAAGGGACCCAAGGCCAGCCCCUUCCACCUGUGAGUUAAUAGCUGGGUCUCAGAUGGCCUCUAAGGCCGCUUCUAUCUCCCAUACGCUGUCUUUAACCCCUUUAGUGUUGAGUGAAAGCUUGGAGUGGAACCCCAGAUGCACACACUUCCCUGGAGCAGCAUUCAUUGUUUAAAGACAAUAAGAUAAUAAAAAUGUAUUCUU